AAAAAAAAAAACACUAGGACUCCGAAGAUUUAAUUGACUUGUAAAGUAAAAAUGGCACAUACAGACGAUUCCUUAUUUCAUAUCCCAGAGAUCUGACUUCAAAUUGGCCAUGUCUAAUACCUUUCUAUUCGUAACAGGGACACUUGAACGUUGAGCUACUGUGGGUACAAAGAAUGUUUUGGGCUUUGGAAACCCAGUCUUGGCUUAGAAGUCGCAGGGCAGUGUUGGUCUGGAUGCAGGAGUACUUGAAACGAGUAAAUUUUUUUUGUAUUGUUUUUUUUGUAUUGCUUUUUCGAGACAGGGUUUCUCUAUAUAACAGUCCUGGAACUCACUCUGUAUACUUAAGAGAUCCGCCUCCCUCUGCCUCCAGUGUGUUGGGAUAAAAGGCGUGCACCACCGAUGCUUGGCCGAGAGGAAUAACUUUUUUGUUUUGUCUUUAUAUUUUUAUUUUUGAGACAGGGUUUCUCUAUAGCUUUGGAGCCUGUCCUGGAACUAGCUAUUGUAGACCAGGUUGGCUUUGAACUCAACGAGAUCAGCCUGCCUCUGCCUUCUGAGUGCUGGGAUUAAUGGUGUGAGCCACCACGGCCAGACACCGAGAUGAGUAACUUUUUAAAAGCAACUCUGGGAAUACCUGAACAUCACUUUUAACUUGUCUUCAAAUGUCUUUAUUCCAAAAGAAAAGAAAGCUGCUUCCAGAUGCUAUUUUACAACAACUAACUAAAGCUUCAGAGGCUGACCUAAAGAAAUCACCAGGAAACGUAAAAGUUAAUUUGAAAAAGAGAGGUGAACAUACUGCAAAAGAAAGAAACUCCAAGAAAGUUAAAAUACAGAAAGUACAGUCUGACAGUCAGACUAAAAGCUACUUGGCUGUAAGGCUAAAAGAUCAAGAUCUGAGAGAUUCAAGGCAAGAAGCAGCCAAACACUUUAUUCACAAUUGUUUGUAUGGUUCAGAAUCCAAGAGGACUACUGUGAACAAGUUCCUGUCUCUGAACAACAAGAGGCUACCAGUGAAAAGAGCUGCAGCCCAGUUUCUCAACGGCACAUGGGGUGCCAAGAAACAACAAAAUGCCAAGAGGUUUAAAAAACGCUGGAUGGCCAAAAAGAUGAAAAAGAAAAGUUAUAAGUGAAAUGAAAUAAAGCUAAAUGAUGAUUUA